GGCCGAGAAAGCAUAGGAACAGUGCGGAAACGCUGCGUUUUGGCCAAGUCAGGUGAAGAAACGCUGUCUACCUCGCCUCGCGUGCGUGGCUUCUUCUAAUUUCUCUUCUCGUCUUCACCUUCUUCUUCCUCUUCCUUCUUCUCCCUCUGCGUUAGGUUUUUCCAUUCUCACACUUCACAUCGCUUUUUUCCUCUUCUCAUUCUUCUUCUCCACCCUCACUCUCUUCUCCCAAGCCUCUAUUUCUCUCAUCCAUUCGCGAUUUAUUCAAUUCCUCGCGCGAUAAGAUACUUUUCGUGCUUGCCUUUUGAUUUCUGCGAUGGCCUCCAAAGGUCCCAGGUCUAAGAUUGAUCACGAGAGCAGAGCCAAACGGCAAAAGGCUCUUGAAGCUCCAAGGGAGCCUCGCCGACCCAAAACUCAUUGGGACCAUGUCUUAGAAGAAAUGGCGUGGUUAUCAAAGGAUUUUGAAUCAGAGAGGAAAUGGAAAUUAGCUCAGGCAAAGAAAGUAGCUUUAAGAGCCAGCAAAGGCAUGAUAGAUCAGGCUACAAGGGGUGAAAAGAAGAUGAAGGAAGAAGAACAGCGGUUAAGAAAGGUUGCACUAAAUAUUUCUAAGGAUGUUAAGAAAUUCUGGACAAAAAUAGAAAAGCUGGUUCUUUACAAACAUCAAAUGGAACUAGAUGAAAAGAAGAAAAAGGCACUUGACAAACAGCUUGAGUUUUUAUUAGGGCAAACAGAGAGGUACUCAACAAUGCUGGCAGAAAAUCUUGUGGAUGCUCAUAAAUCAGGAGAGAAUAAUUCUGCAGAGCAUCACAUGAGUAUUCAACACAAAGAUGGGCAUGGAGAUGUUAUUAAUGAACCUAAGGAAGCUGAUGUCGUGGAGUAUCAAUCAGAUGCCGCCGACAACGAUGAUGAAUAUGAUGUACAAUCUGAUGAUGAAUCGGAGGAUGAUGAGCAAACAAUUGAGCAAGAUGAGGCUUUUAUUACUAAAGAAGAGAGACAAGAGGAAUUGGAAGCUUUGCAUAAUGAAAUGGAUGUUCCGAUUGAGGAGUUACUCAAACGUUAUGAAGGGGAGAAAGGAGAAUCUGUGAUGAAAGAAAGUAGUCCAGAGCAUAGUGAAGAUGUUGAGAAAAUAGUAAGAACAGCUGGUGAUGGUAAGAAAAUAUUGGCAUCAGAAAAUGGUGAUGAUCAUUUAUCUGUUAGCAAAAUUGGUACAAACAACUCCAGUAUGGUCUCUGGUCGACGUUGUGAUGAAAGUAAUGGUGAUGUUGCUACACCAACAAAAAAUCUGUCUCAAUUUGAGGAAGGUCAAUCUGAAGAUCUAAAAGAGGUUCCUAGAGAGACAGCCAAUGAAGAUUUUGCGUAUGAUUUUACUGAUGAAGAGGAAGAUGGUGACUUUUUGCUUGGCACAGAAGACAAGGAUGAUGAAACAACCUUAUCAGAGGAGGAAAAACUCGAAAGAGUUGAUGCAAUAGAUCCCAAGGAUGAGAUUGCAUUAUUACAAAAGGAGAGUGACAUGCCUGUCGAGGAACUGCUUGCAAGGUAUAAAAGGGACCCGAGUGACAACGAAGAUGGGGGAUAUGAAACUGAUUAUGCUUCUGCUUUAUCCGAAGACCAUUCAGACUCUCCUGUCCAUGAAGAUGCCGGGCAAAAGGAUUCUGGCAUUCCUAUGGAUGAAGAUAUAAAGUCUGGUGAACACCUGGCUACCACACAGUCCCAAGCAGAAGAACAUUGGGAAUCACCUCAUGAAAAUUUGGAUCAAAGAGAAAGUGAGCAUAUAAUUGCUGAUGCAGCUGCUGCUGCAAGAUCAGCACAACCUACUGGAAACACCUUCUCCACAACUAAUGUGCGUACGAAGUUCCCUUUUCUACUCAAGUACUCUCUUCGUGAGUAUCAACAUAUUGGAUUGGAUUGGCUUGUCACCAUGUAUGAAAAAAGACUGAAUGGAAUUUUGGCAGAUGAAAUGGGUCUUGGAAAAACAAUUAUGACUAUAUCUUUGCUUGCACAUCUUGCUUGUGAAAAAGGAAUUUGGGGUCCGCAUUUAAUUGUGGUACCAACUAGUGUAAUGCUUAACUGGGAGACCGAAUUUUUGAAAUGGUGUCCUGCCUUUAAAAUUUUGACUUAUUUUGGAAGUGCAAAGGAGCGAAAGCUUAAAAGGCAAGGAUGGUUAAAACCAAACUCGUUUCAUGUAUGCAUAACUACUUAUAGAUUAGUUAUUCAGGACUCCAAAGUUUUCAAGCGCAAAAAGUGGAAAUAUUUGAUCUUAGAUGAAGCUCAUCUCAUUAAAAACUGGAAGUCACAAAGGUGGCAGACACUCUUGAAUUUCAAUUCAAAACGGCGGAUUCUCUUGACUGGUACACCACUACAGAACGAUCUGAUGGAACUGUGGUCUCUCAUGCAUUUCUUAAUGCCCCAUGUUUUCCAGUCGCAUCAAGAGUUUAAGGAUUGGUUUAGUAAUCCUAUAUCAGGGAUGGUAGAGGGAGAAGAAAAAAUUAAUAAGGAGGUUGUUGACCGCCUGCACAAUGUCCUUCGUCCCUUUUUACUCCGUCGACUGAAGCGAGAUGUGGAAAAGCAACUUCCAAUGAAGCAUGAACAUGUCAUAUAUUGUAGACUAUCAAAGAGGCAGCGGAAUUUGUAUGAGGAUUUCAUUGCUAGCUCAGAGACUCAAGCAACUCUAGCAAGUGCCAAUUUUUUUGGGAUGAUUAGUAUUAUCAUGCAACUUCGUAAAGUUUGCAAUCAUCCUGACCUAUUUGAGGGUCGUCCUAUUGUCAGUUCGUUUGAUAUAUGUGGUAUUGAUAUUCAGUUAAGUUCUUCUGUUUGCUCUAUGCUUUUGCCUAGUCCCUUUUCAGUGGUGGACCUAAGAGGUUUGGGUCUUUUAUUCACUGAUCUUGACUAUAGUAUGGCUGCUUGGGAAAGUGAUGAAGUACAAGCUAUUGAGACUCCUGCAACCUCAAUCAUGGAACGUACUGACAUAGAUGAGCUAGAAGUAAUUAGGCCACUAAAAUGUCAAAAAAAAUUGCAAGGAACAAACAUUUUUGAAGACAUCCAUAAGAAAAUCUGGGAAGAGAGGCUAAAACAGGCAAAGGAACGUGCAGCAGCUAUUGCAUGGUGGAACUCCUUGAGAUGUAAAAAGAGACCUAUGUACUCAACAACUCUGAGGGACCUUGUUACCUUAAGGCAUCCUGUAUAUGACAUUCAUAUGGUGAAAGCAAACCCUACUUCGUAUAUGUACUCAACAAAGCUAGCUGACAUUGUUCUCUCCCCCAUUGAACGAUUUCAAAAGAUGACUGAUGUGGUUGAAAGCUUCAUGUUUGCAAUUCCAGCUGCACGGGCACCCUCUCCUGUUUGCUGGUGCAGUAAAAGUGAGACAAAUGUGUUUCUGCAGCCAUCUUACAAGCAGAAGUGCUCUGAAGUUUUGUUGCCGCUACUGUCACCAAUUCGACCAGCAAUUGUUCGCCGACAAGUGUAUUUCCCUGAUAGGCGUCUUAUACAAUUUGACUGUGGGAAACUGCAGGAACUGGCAAAUUUGUUGAGAAAAUUAAAAUCAGAAGGUCACCGAGCUUUGAUAUUCACCCAGAUGACAAAGAUGCUUGACAUAUUAGAGGCAUUCAUUAAUUUGUAUGGCUAUACAUACAUGCGCUUGGAUGGAUCGACCCAACCGGAGGAGAGACAGACCUUAAUGCAACGCUUUAACACAAACCCCAAAUAUUUUCUUUUCAUCUUGUCAACCCGUAGUGGGGGUGUUGGUAUCAAUCUAGUUGGAGCUGACACAGUUAUUUUUUAUGAUAGUGACUGGAAUCCUGCUAUGGAUCAACAGGCACAAGAUCGAUGCCAUAGAAUUGGUCAGACACGUGAAGUUCAUAUUUAUAGAUUGAUUAGUGACAGCACCAUUGAGGAGAAUAUUUUGAAGAAAGCAAAUCAGAAGCGUGCACUUGAUAAUCUAGUCAUACAAAGUGGGGGUUAUAAUACUGAGUUCUUCAAGAAGCUUGAUCCUAUGGAACUAUUUUCAGGUCAUAGAACACUUUCAAUAAAAAGUAUGCUGAAGGAGAAAAACCAGAACACUGGGGAAGUUUCUGUAACGAAUGCAGAUGUAGAGGCUGCAUUGAAAUGUGUUGAAGAUGAGGCAGAUUACAUGGCUUUGAAGAAAGUUGAACUGGAAGAGGCUGUGGAAAACCAGGAGUUUACUGAAGAAGCCAUUGGGAGACUUGAGGAGGAUGAAUAUGUAAAUGAAGAUGAUGAAACUCCAGAAUUAGGUGAAUCUGUUUCAAACUUAAAUAAAGAGAAUGGCUUGGUAUUAAAUGGAAGUGAGAAUAAGGAAGAUAGACCACCAAACUCUGUUGCUGUCAAAGAAGAUGAUGCUGAUGUGCUGGCUGAUGUGAACCAGAUGGCUGCAGCUGCAGCUGCAGCUGGACAAGCUAUUUCAGCAUUUGAAAAUGAGCUACGCCCUAUUGAUCGAUAUGCCAUUCGCUUUCUGGAACUGUGGGAUCCAAUUAUAGAUAAAACAGCCUUGGAAUCUGAAGUCAGGAUUGAGGACACAGAAUGGGAGUUGGAUCGGAUCGAAAAGUACAAGGAGGAGAUGGAGGCUGAAAUUGAUGAAGACGAGGAACCUCUUGUAUAUGAAAGCUGGGAUGCUGAUUUUGCAACCAUGGCAUAUCGGCAGCAAGUAGAGGCCUUGGCUCAACAUCAGUUGAUGGAGGAACUUGAAUAUGAAGCUAGACUGAAAGAAGCUGAGGAAGAAGCUUGUGAUUCUAAAAAGACAACACCAGGGGAUUUGAAACCCAAACCUAAAAAGAAGCCCAAGAAGGCAAAGUUCAAAUCUCUAAAGAAAGGAUCUUUAACUUCUGGAUUGAAACCUGUGAAAGAAGAGUCACAAGCAGAGCCAAUGAACAUAGAUGAUGAGGAUAUCACUGGUAUGGAAUUUGUGUCUCCAAAUUCAUCCAUGCAGAAAAAACGUAAAUCUAAAGCAACGACUGAUGGUGAAGAAAAGAGACUUAAGAAGUCCAAAAAGUCCAAGAGGGAUCCUCCUGACAUUUAUGCGUCUGAUUUAGAAUCCAAUGCUUUAGUUGUGCAAUAUGAACAUGCAGAAUCAAAGACUUGUGAAAGUCUGGCUGAUUUUGAACCGAAAACAGCAGGCAGGGGUAAGAUGGGAGGAAAAAUAUCCAUCAUUCCUAUGCCUGUUAAACGGAUCUGGACAAUAAAACCAGAAAAAAUGAGAAAGGGAAAUCAUUGGUCCAAAGAUUGUAUUCCAUCAGCUGAUUUUUGGCUUGCUCAGGAGGAUGCUAUAUUAUGCGCUGUUGUUCAUGAAUAUGGUCCUAACUGGAGUUUGGUUAGCGAUAUUCUUAAUAGCAUGACUGCUGGUGGGUCAUACAGGGGGAGAUAUCGACAUCCUGUCCAUUGCUGUGAGCGGUUUAGAGAACUAUUCCAGAAGAAUGUAUUGUCAAUGGACAAUGCAAAUAAUGAGAAGACCAUCACUCCUGGCUCUGGAAAGGCUCUUCUUAAAGUUACAGAGGAUAACAUACGGAUGCUGUUAGAUGUUGCUUCUGAGCAGGCAAAUAGGGAGUUGCUGCUGCAGAAGCACUUUUUUGCAUUGCUUUCAUCUGCCUGGAAGGUGGCAUCACAUGUUGACCGCAGGCAAAAUCCAUCACCCACCUGUAAUGGUCUCUAUUUUGAUCAGAGUCUUUUUACUUCCAUAGGCCAGCCUUCGCAAAAUUCCUUGAAGAAAUCCUCUGAAAGAGUGCCAUUUGCAAAUUUGGUCCAGAGUAAGAAGUUAGUAGCAGCUGCACUUGAUGAUUCUGCAACUGGGCAAGUGAAUGAUAAAGUCAUCCUCCCUAACCAAGGGGAAGGCAUGCCAAUGAGUGCUGAUAGGUUGGAUAUUACUCUGGAAUUCCCAAAAGAAGAGAGUGAUGUCUUAGCUUUGUUUCCAUCUGUUAUAAACUUAUCAAUACAUGGGACUGAACCAACACCAUCUUUAAGUAAGCAAACAGGAGGAGAUGACUUCAAAAUUGGUCUGCUUAUUGCCGAGAAUCGUUUCAGGGAGGCAACAAGAAUUUGUGAAGAAGACGUCUCUGGAUGGGCAUCAUCUGCAUUCCCAACCAGCGAUGCAAGGUCUCGACCUGGAUCCAGGAUACAAUCCUCUGGAAAGCAGAAGUCUUCCAUAUCUGACUCUGCUAAGCCUUCUAGGUCAAAGUCCAAGAGAGCAUCAAUUGAUGCCAGUGAAAUGCAUCACCAUCAGGCUGACUCAAUAUUCCAGUCAGUGCCAUUACUUAAGGAUCUUAGAUUUGAUCUCGCUCCAUUCACUACAGAUGAAAUUGGACUUACUGCUGUGGAUACACUUUUCCCCUUUGACCUGAAUGUUGAAAGUUCAUGGGAAAUGGAGGGUGUUGGCAUGAUCCCACAUGAUUAUGUUACUGGUUUAAUCUCAGACCUUGAUGAUUGUACAACAUUCCCUGAAUAUACUGACAUUAGAUAAGUAGAUCAAAUCAAACCUGAAAUGCAGUUUUGAAUGACCUUUGGCGGACAGUGGCAUACUACUGGCAGGUUAGUCUUGAUCAGUUAAUGAAUUGCCGUUGGCUUACAAUCGAAUUGGAACGAUGCGUUCUUACAAUUCUCUCGUAGGCAUGCCAUUUCCGAUAUACAAACAAAGUUCGGGGACAAGCAUGCUGAAGGUUUCCAAAUGAAAAACAUGGAGAUGUAGAAUGCACAAUAAUUUAAUUUCUUACUCGGAAUUAUGUAUUGGCUUGGGGGUUCAGCUCAAAUUUGACAGCGUCAAUCUCCCAUAGAUCGGUACUCAUUGGUAAGAGCCUUCAUUUUUUGUUCCCUCUAAUGGUCACACGGAUUUGCCUGUGAUGUUUUGCAUGCACACGUACAUAUGUUCUUAGCUGGGGCAUGCAUAGGGUCUAGUGCUUUACCUGGCAAUAUUUUGUUAUGGAAAGAGAACGAAGUAGUUUUGUAGUGGCUAGUUCGUCAGUCCCAUUCAUUUAUAACACUACUUUAAAUUAUUUAACAUGAGGUUUACACCAUCUAUGAGAUGCUUGGAGUCUAAUCCAUAUUUUAGAAUGGUGUUUUUUUUUUUCUUGGUUCAAGGAACGAUGUUAAGUGAUUCUAAGAUCCCAAUGUGCAAUCCAAGUUGACCAAUCUGAGUUUCAAACGAAAUAUGUCGCUUUUUGUGAUGACUCACAUGACGACCUGAAUUUGUUGGAACCAUUCUCUAAUGCAAACAGUAUUUUUUUGAACAGCAACAAGUGGAGAGUUUAUGUAAUUCAUUGUCCACACUGGAGUAA